UAUGUUGAUUUGACGUUGAAGAAAGUAGGGGAAGAAACUUACUCAUCCUUGUCUGGCCACAAAAUCAUUACAUCGACCAAACCCACUUGUCCGUGCUCUCAAAGAGUUGCACUCUUUGGAUUUAUGAAUAAUGGCAGCCCCGGCGCCAAUAAAAGUUGGGACGAGAGUGGAGGUUGUUGGAAAAGGUGUGAUUGGUGCUGUGGCCUACAUUGGAACUACCGUCUUCAGCUCAGGUAAAUGGAUUGGAGUAGUAUUGGAUGAAGCCAAAGGGAAAAACAAUGGAACAGUUCAAGGGAAGACGUACUUCACUUGCGCUGACGAACAUGGCAUUUUUGUGCGACAGUCACAGAUCACACCUUUGGAGGAUCAGGGUCCGGUCAAACAGCCUGCUCACAGUGCUGCAGCCACACCAAAACCCAGUGGGCUCCGGCCUCCUGGCUCUUCUGCACGUCCCACCAGCACACCAGCAGGUCAUAAGAGAUCCGGGAUCAAACCCCCAGGAUCUAUGACCAAAAGCACUGAAAGUCUUGGAGAUUCCAACAGCUCAGCCCCCACUCCUGCGGGGAAGGGAUCAUCCGCGGACCCAUCAGCCACCCCAGCUGGCCGCUUGCGACUGCCUAGGACCAGCAAGGAGUCCACACCUGCAGACGACAAGCCGAGUGCUACUCCUCAACCGGCCGCUCCACCUGAGGUGAAAGUUCCAGACACGCCUGCCCCGGCUUUGUCUCAGUCUGCCCAGAUGAGUUUGAGCCAGCUUAGCGCCAUGUCCAGCUCUCAAUCCUCAAUUGAUGAACGUUUGACUAAUGUACAACAGCAGCAGGAGAUAGAAGGUCUGAAGACAGAAGUCAAGGACCUCAACGAGAAACUGGAGACUCUCAAGAUCAAGAGAGGCGAGGACAAAGUGAAGCUCAAGGAAUUUGAGAAGACAAAAAUUCAGUUGCAGCAGCUUCAAGAGUAUAAGUCAAAGAUGCAAGAGACUCAUGCUGACUUACAGAGGCAGUUGCAAGCAUCUAAGAAGGAACUUUCUGAGCUUCAACAAGAGUAUGAGGUGUACAAGGAAGAGAUGGCGGAUGUGACAGAGACUGUAGAGAUGGCUACUCUUGAUAAGGAGAUGGCUGAGGAAAAGGCUGAAGGUUUACAGCAAGAGCUGGACUCAAUGAAGGAGAAAGUGGAAGAGCUCACAGUUGACCUUGAAUUGUUGAGAAGUGAAAUCUCAGAGAAAGGGUCAGAUGGUGUGGCUGCCACUUUUGAGAUGAAGCAGCUGGAGCAGCAGAAUGAGAGAAUGAAGGAGGCUCUUGUGAAGUUAAGGGACAUGUUGAACUCGGAGAAGCAGGAUCGUCAGCGGAGUGAGAAGCAGCUGGAGAAACAAGAGGGAGAACUGGGUGUUCUGCGCAAGGACAAGGAACGACUGCAGCUACAGGUCACUCAGCAUGAGAAGGAGCUGAUUGACCUCAAAGAACAAGUGGAUGCUGCCUUAGGGGCAGAAGAGAUGGUGGAACAGCUGACUGAGAGGAAUUUGCAGCUGGAAGACAAGAUUGGAGAAAUAGAGGAGGAGAAGAAUGAUCUGGAAGCCCUGAAUGACAUGAAUGAAGAGUUACAGGAAAACGCCCGAGCCACAGAACUGGAACUGAGGGAGGAGGUGGACCUGAAGAGUAUCAAGCUGCUAGAGCUUCAAAGGAAAAUAGAUGCCAACCAAGAAACAUUUGCUGACUAUGAUACUACCCUUAACAAGUUCCGUGAUCUGGUGGCCAACCUACAGGAGCAGCUUCGAAACAAGCAGCAGGAAACUGAAACUAAAGUAGAGACUCCCACUGUGGAACUGAUGGACUUCAAGACAAAGUUUGCUGAGACUAAGGCCUAUGCAAAGACCAUUGACAUGGAGCUUCGUAAGCUGGAUGUGCAGCUGGCCAAUGCUCACAUCAAGAUGUUGCUCUCCUUCAUGCCGGAGGCUUUCAUGGGACGUGGAGGUGACCAUGAUGCUAUCGGUAUCCUGUUGAUGAUUCCCCGCAUCAUCAGCAAGUGUGAGCUGCUGGCCUCUCAGCUGAAGGACAAGUUUGAAGUCUCUGAGAAGAUCGAGAGAGACCAUGUCUUGAAGACCCACAGGGCAGAACAAUGCAGUUUUGCUAACCACUUGAUCUUGUUGCUGAAUGCUCUACAAGGAUGCAUGCGACAGUAUGAGAGUGCUCUGAACAACUGCAGCAGUGACCUAUUCCUUAAAGUUGGAACUCUGCAGCCAGAAAUGGCUGCCCACGAGAAAUCUGUGGACUACUUUAUUGAUCUCCUGCGAAAAGAUCAGUUGGAUGAGACAGUGUCAGUUGAUCUUCUAGAGAAGAGCAUCAACUUCUUCCAGCAAUUGUACUCAGUUCACCUGUCCCAUGAGAAGGUCGACUGCACCUACAUGAUGGGGGAUGAUGUCAAAGUUGUUCUCUCUGCCUGUGAUGCGAUAUCGACCGAGACCAGCCGUCUCAAGGUUUUGCUGUUGCCUGGCCAGGAGCAGAGCGAGUUCUCAAUCCUCCUCAAGGAUCUGGAGACCUGCAACAAUGACACACGUACUUGUGCCAGAAAGAUCAAGAGAAGACUACCACAAGAGGGAUCUGCCGUUGCCACGCCUCUCAAGUAUGGCAAAGAGAUACAGGAUCUCCUGACUGAUGCCUGUAAGCAGAUCGGCUCAGUUGCUCGGGUGUUGAAGAUUGUGUCUGCUGGCGCAAUGCAGCAGGCGGCUGUGAUGACAGGUGGUAAACUGUACGAGCUGGAGCAACUGUUAGAGUCUAGUUCUAAGUCAUCAGACCGCGAGGGUCUCCUGCCCCAGAAGAUGGAGGAGAUGGCCCACCAGGCAGCCAGUGAGGUGUACAGUAAGGAGAACACUGGAGCCUACGAGAGUCUCAGGCUGUCAUUUGGCACUGUUGUGGGCACCAUGAACAAACUGGCUAACGCCAUGGAGAAUGGCGAGUACGACUUUGAUGGAACGCACGACAAAAAGAAACAAGCACCAGUGAAGCAGAGGGCGGCGGCUGUGAAGGCUCAGUCUGCUGACAUUGAAGUGGUCAAGUCCAAGGUGGACCUCAAGGAGGAGGAGGUGAAGGAAUUGAAGAAACAACUGAAACUGAAGCAAGAUGAGAUGAGUGAGCAGCAGAUCCGUGUCGGGCUGGUGGAGAAGAAGCUUGAGAACAAGAACCGAGAGUCUGAGGAUGAGGUUGCCAAAAUACAACGCAAGCUUGAUGACAGCGUUCUCCAGCUUAAAAAGAAAGAGAAGGAAUUUGAGGAGACUUACGAUGCUCUACAGAGCGACAUUGACAGCCUGGAGCAGGAGAAGACGGAGCUGAAAGAGAGGCUGCGGGUGUUGUCUAAGAACACUCUCCUGCAGAACAUGUCGAGGCAGUCCUCAGGGCAGGGAGCGGCUCUGAGUGGUAGCACAAGUCCCAUGAAUGGGUCCAUGGUGCAGGAGUCACCUCUCUUGGCUCAGCAGGUGGCCUCCCUGUGUGAUGCGCUGCAGUACAAUAAGCAAGAGGUGAUUCACUUGAAGGCUGAAAGAAUGAAGAGACAAGUGGCGUCCCUUAGGCCUCUGGCCAUCCCCAAGAAGCCAACGGGACUCUCCAGUAGCACCGGAGCUGUGUCGAUAGGGGAUGUCCCAGAGACCGCCUCGGGCAAGGCCGACCUCAACAAGCUGAUCAAGAAGACCAAAGAUUUACUUCAGGAAGCCAACAACUUGAGUGCAUGCCCAAGGGUAGUGGACAUCACUUCAAGAAAACCAGCUGCUCCCCCAGUGACAGACAAGGCAGGACCAAUGAAGCAGCUGAUUGGCAGGACUUCUCAGUUGACAUCUUUGGAAAAACAAACUCAAGAGCUGCAAGUUCAGAUCACAACUCUGCUAGCUGCCAACAGGACUGGUGGCCAGGUGCGCACGGACUUCUCUACUUUCCCAACCCCACAGUUUGCGCGGAUGCUCCAUGAGAAGACCAGUGAUAGUGUCAAGAUCGGAAGCAUUCGGAUACCAGUCCCAUCAGGAAAAGGUGACGUUAUCCCAAUCAGUGUGCAACCAGACCAGCUACGCCGAAUUCAUGGAAAACUUAUCAUGUAGUUUUGUAGGAUUUAUGUUUAUAUAUUUUCAUGACUUAAUGCUUUUUCCCUGCCAAUGUAUCUGUAGUGUUUCCUCUUUCUGUAUGUGUUUGUGUUAGCAUUGACAAAAAGUUGGCUUCCAACCCUUUGAAGAGAAUCACAUCAUCAUUAAAGGCCUUAUCUAGAAUGGAUCUAGUUUACUUUAAGUUAAAGUUUCAUGAUUGAAUGAGAAAAAAUGUUACUAUGAGAAAAAUAUCCAUAAAUGAAGCAAAUCAUUAAUAGGAAAAUUAAUAUGCUGUUUAUUGGGAAGCCCGAGUAUGUGCACAUUUUGGUUAAGAUUGACAAAAAAGUAGUCUCUGAUGGUCCUAGAGGGCAUGGUAGUCGAUUUAGAGCAAAAAUUGAUCUGAUGUUGUUGUGACAGUGCCUUUGCACUGCCAAUUGGAUAUGCUUUGUCUCAGUGUUUCUCUCUCCUCUCCUGUGUGGAUCUCUCUCUCUCUCCCCUAGACAGUAAAGCCCUUUUCAUGGUGAUAUGUUUCUCUUCAAGUCUGCUGACAAACAAAAACUAACUCACCUUAUCCCUGCCAAGAUUGUGCAUUGUGAACAAAUUUGUUACGCUUAUAUCAACAACCCUGGUCCCCCUUUAGUUGGGUUUUUUUUUUUGGUAUGAUUUCCAGCACAAUUUUUGUUGGUUGCAAACUGUGAUUGUUGUAUUCUUUCGCUAGUGAUACGGAGCCAGUCAUUGUACUGUCAUUUGUCCUUUGUUUAUUGUACCUGUCAAAUGUAACUAAAUGUUCCUCAUAAUACUCAUUUGGGAGUUGUAUUGUCACCCAGUGGGUGUUUUGUUGUCACACAGUCAGUGACCAACUUGACAGACGUAUGCGAAAUUGAAGUUGAAGCCAGAUCCAUCUGGUUUGUCCAGGAUCGGUUCCUUUCAGAGUCAAAAUAGUUUUUUUCUGUUGGGGGAGCACUUUGCUUCGACAUGACGUAUCAUGUGUUUAGAGUGGCAUUGAAAUAUUUUUUGUGAAAAUAUUUCCUUGGCAGAAAGUGAGACCUGAUAUUUUACAACUUUUAGAUGAAAAACAAUCGGUUUGUAACACUUUGAGGCUAUAGAUGUUUUGUCAAACAGAGACUGAGACAGCACAUAUUUAAUUCCACUGUAUCUCAUUUUCCCUUGGACUACAGUUUCCCUGCAUGAACAGUUUUUCACAGGAUUGAAAGUGCUUUUUCGAUGGCAAGUAGGUUUUACUUUUAGAUCAGCUGUGGUACUUGUUUUGUGCCCUACAAAAUGUCUACUCUUUGUAGAUUUACAUGGACACUUCUGUAACAAGUGGGUUCAGCGACAAGUCUACUAAAAUUGGGGAUUUUUCGUCAUGUUCCCAAAGCCAAGUACUUUAUACUCCUGUUGCAGACUGUCAGGCGGGGUUUUCUGAAGGGUCUGUUGGUUAUUUUUAUCAAGACUCAUGAGUAGGGAGAAAAUCGGCAUUACCAUGCAUGUACUUGAAAUUGGAUGAUGUUUCAUGACUUCUUAUUCAUUUGACCACAGAAGUUUAUCAGGUUGUGUAACUGGCCUGUCUGUUUUUAUUGUUGUGUUCUAUGUUUCUUGUUUCAGGAAGUGAUUUUUUAUUUUAUUUUGGGGGGGGGGGGUGUCAAGAUGUAAUUUGGGAGAAAUGGAGUGAACAUUCUCUUCUGAUAAUUCUACCUGUGUUCUGUAUAAGAGUGACCGCCUUCCCUUUGUGUUGUUGUGUGUGAAGUCUUAAAGAGAGAAUUUUUUGAGAGCUUGGUAUUUGUUCAAUUGUCUUGCCAUUCUACAGGUACUAGCCCUUUCGUUACAAUGAAAGUCUUAUUUUGAGAAAAUUUGUAGUUUACCGGUACUUAUAUUUCGCAGAUUUAAAAAGUUUCUUAUUAGUCUUAUGCUGGGAAAGAAAUGUUAUACAAUAUGAAUUCUCCAAGUGGUAACACUUACCUUUUUUUUCACCUGUUUACUCAUUCAAGUUCAUGAAAAGUUUGGUUGGGGUAGGAGGAGAAGAGAUAAAUAAGAGACCUAAAUGAGAACAUUUAAUAUGGUUUUUCCAAAGAAAUGACGAAUGGUCCAGUUUUGAAAGGGUUGGUCAUUAGUUGUUCUUAUGUUUAAUGUGUAGACAAGUUCUUUUUACUAAGGGGUUUAGUGCAAUCACUUUUUUAAAAUCCUGUUACUACUCUCGUACCCUUUUAAGUUCUGUCUUACAGUCUUUGACUUAGGUGCAAAGUUUAAGGUUUCUUUUCAAGUCAUUUUUGUGUCAAUCUGGUUUUAGAAGUUGCAUUAAAAGAAUGUAACAGUUACGAAACAAGCAGAAGACCAAGGUUACUGAAUCCUCUGUUGCACAUAACCAAAUAAGGUUUAACUUAAUAUUGGAAAGGCUUAGUGCCUCUUUUGUCUAUUUGGUUUUGUUGGGAGUUUUUUGUUAUUGUUUUGGUUGGGGGGGGGGGGGGGAUAACCUUUGAAAUAUAGAAUUGUAGAAAAAAUUAAUUCAUAAUUUGACCUAUUAACAUAUUUAUGAUACUAAUAAUCUUGAAUGUAGGCCUACUUGAAGGUAUUUAAUGUAUGUUGUUUUAUCUUAUCCUUUCACAUUUUUCAUGCACUGUAAGUUUAUGAAAAAACUAUGGUAGUAAUGUGCCCCUGAAAAUAGACUGUUCAUUUUGUCCAUCCCAGGUUUAAGCCUAGCUCUACUAGCUUUUGCAAUUUCUUUGAAAAGUGUUGAAGACUUAUAUUUAUGAUAAGUUGUUUCAUGACUUUCAAGAAGAGAGUAGAUAGCGUCACAAUUGUGUUAUAUGCUAGCAGGUGCUGGAAGGAAUCUAUUUAUCAUUUUCAAAUGCUUUUGCAUAAAAUUUAUCUUGUUUAAGAGCUUUGAUUUCUUUCUGCUGGUGGUUUGUGAGGAAAUCAAUAAAUACAUUGAUUUAUGUU